AUGGAUUCAUUACCUAAUCCUGAAGCUGAAGGAGGAAGAGAAACGCAGCCAUGCGCCUCGAUCGAAAAUGUUCUUGAUACAACCAUUGUGCUCUCAGGUGAAUCGUGUUCUUUAACUCAGCAACUGGCCACUCCGUAUUUGGAGCCUGAUGACUGGACGCAGCUUGAGGUACGCGGCGAACGAGGCGCACCGGGCAAAUGGCCUCUACACAUCGUACAGUACAACACUGUGUACUUGCUUCGGCCCAUCACCACACCGCCUGCUCGCUGCUUCCCGCUGCAGAGUGAUCGAAAACUCCCGGGAGAUACUGCGAUGCUGAUGCAGGCUCAGCAGUGUCCAGUUCGCCAGUUCUGCAUCAAAACUUUGAAGGUGCCGCGUUCGCAGGAGGAACGUGGAAAAGGUUCAUUCUGGAGAUUGGAACCGUCAACAGCUUCUCGUAAUAUAGAGCUGGCUUUUAAAAAGAAGAAACAAGGAGGUCGUGGCAAAACUGUAAGUUCUGUGGUGGAUGAGCCGCUUGAAGAAGCUGAAUUGGAUUCAGUGUGCAGUGAUAGUCCACCUUCUUCGCCUGCUUCAGUGGUGCUGUUGGACUCUGAAGAAGCGAAUUCUGUUCUCGGACAAACCGAAAUGUCGGGACGAACUCUGAAGUUGGGUGAUGGGCAGUCGGAAGCUAAUGAAGGGGCAUGCAGCCGCACUACCGGUACAUUUUUCUUAUGA